UGAAUAAUAAACGUUCUUGUGUCUACGCACGACGUUGGUUUGUAGUAACUAGUGAUCAGUACAUUAGAUGAAAAGUUUAAAGUUUAUAGUAGUGGGUUAAAGCGUUUGUUGUUGUGCUGGAAUGGCGGCAGGUCCGAUUUCGGAGAGGAAUCAAGAUGCUACUGUAUAUGUAGGAGGUUUGGAUGAGAAGGUGAGCGAGCCAUUGCUAUGGGAACUCUUCCUGCAGGCGGGGCCUGUAGUCAAUACCCACAUGCCAAAAGACCGAGUCACAGGCCAACAUCAAGGGUAUGGUUUUGUGGAAUUCCUAAGCGAAGAGGAUGCUGACUAUGCCAUCAAAAUUAUGAACAUGAUCAAAAUGUAUGGCAAGCCCAUCCGUGUCAAUAAAGCAUCUGCACAUAACAAGAACCUGGAUGUGGGAGCCAACAUCUUUAUUGGUAACCUGGACCCAGAAAUUGAUGAGAAGCUGCUGUACGACACUUUCAGUGCUUUUGGUGUGAUCCUUCAGACCCCAAAAAUCAUGCGGGACCCAGAGACUGGCAACUCCAAGGGCUACGCUUUCAUCAAUUUUGCAAGCUUUGAUGCCUCUGAUGCUGCCAUUGAGGCCAUGAAUGGACAGUACUUGUGUAAUCGACCCAUCACUGUAUCAUAUGCUUUUAAGAAAGAUUCAAAGGGUGAGAGACAUGGAUCUGCAGCAGAACGGUUACUGGCAGCACAGAAUCCCCUCUCGCAGGCUGACAGGCCUCAUCAGCUGUUUGCAGAUGCUCCUCCACCUCCUACAACACCAGCUCCUGUAGUAACAAGCAUUACACCAGGGCUUCCACCACCAGGAAUUCCGCCACCAGGGACAUUCCCUCCUCCUGUGCCACCACCAGGAGCCUUACCACCAGGAUUGCCUCCAGUAUUACCACCCCCUCCAAUGCCUCCAACUGCAGGAACACCAGUGGCAGCAGCAGGUGGAGCACCAGGCACAGGCCCCCCACCUGUACCUCCUCCAUUCCCUCCUGGUGCACUACCACCUCAUGGGCUGCCACCUUUGCCAGUACCUCCACAUCCUGGACCUCCAGGCAUGGUUCCCCCUGCAUCUCAGGGGCAGCCAGGACAAGUUCCACCACCUCGGUCACUUCCUCAUCCUGGUCUACCACCUCCAGCUCCACCUCCCAUUGGAAUGCCACCACGGGGACCACACUUUGUGCCAUUGGGGCAUCCAGGUCACUUACCACAUCCUGGAAUGCGUGGACCACCUCCCUUGAUACCACCACCAGGGUACAGUGGUCCUCCACGUCCACCUCCUUUUGCUUUCCAGAGACUUCCACCACCUCCUCCUCGACCUGUUCAGAGACCACCUGCACCGGCACCACCUCCUGCUCCAGCACCAGCUCCAGUGCCAGCACCUGCUACAGCACCACCACCUCCACGACCCCCUGUUCCUGCACCUAUGAGAGGUCCUUUGCCACCUCAGUAGACAUCUGCAGAAGAUUACAUUUUAAUUUUAUCCAACUUUGGGGUCUUUUAACAUUUUCCAUGGAAAGCUGGUAAUACAGAAGGGUAGUAUGUUCUCGUUGAGAAUUUAUCUUCAUUACAACUGCCAUCUGAUAAAAGAUCCAAUGGCCUUUUAUUGGAAGCUGAUUGUUAUUUUUGUUAGGAAAUAAAAGUGUGUACAGUCCAAAGGUGAUGCAUUUGUUAUGACAGCAGACUAACUCUAAAAGAUAGACUAUUCAGACUUUCCCUUGUAACUUGAGUGGGGGAAUGGUUGUGAAAGAGUUGUUUAUUGUGUACUGAGUAUGUCAGUCCAUUAUAGGGAUUCUGGUUUAACUUUUGGUAAACUGUACCAGCGGAAGUCCUUUGUAAUUAACAUGCAUCUAAAGUUUUAUGUUUUGAUUGUUUCACAAGGGACAGGAAAACUACAUUUGAGAGACUCAUCAUAGUUUGAAAGCUUCAUCUCCAGCCUAUCCUCAUUGAUAUGUUGCUGUAUAAGAGUAUGGAAGACUGUGUUUGAUAAAAAAAAAAAAAAAAAAAAAAAAAAAAAUUGUUCAGAAACCUCUCCAGUUUGCUGGCUUUUGUAAUAGAAAAUUCUGCAAUAUUGUUAACUGUAUUAAAUAUCAUUUAAGUAGUAUUCCCAGUUUUUAAACCCUUCUACAUUGUUUCUGUAUCUCGUGUUGCUUGUUUCCACCAUGAAAAGAUGGCAAGAAGGUGUGUAUGAUUUUUUUUUUUGUAUUUAAAGAGAAUAAACAGUACAAAAAGUGUAA